AUGUCGAACAACGUCUCCUACGACCUGAUCUGGCAGAUCUCUCGCGCUAACUCUAGCUACAUUGUCAAGCGCAAGAACUGCGGUGGUGUCCAGUUCUCCCGUGAGCCCCUGAACGUCACUGGUUUCUACACCCAGGCCGCUUCUGGUUUCGCCAACAAGACCGCUGUUGGCGUUGUUUCCUCCCCCAAGGGCAUCAAGCUGAUCACCAAGUCUGCCAAGAACAGCAAGUCUGCUAAGGUUUCUUCCUCCACUUUCAAGCACAGCAAGGACUCCCGCAAGAUCGCUGCUGCAGUCUCCAAGUCCACCGUGAACCACCGCGACGACCUCUUGGAGGCCGCUGUCGCCAAGGCUUCUGCUCUUGCUCGUGGCCGCUCUGCCAAGAAGGUUUACGCUUCCAAGCGUCGCUAA